UGAGGGGCGGUCAAUGCGCCUGCGCACACCGCACGGCGAGGUGGGGGAGGGCAGUCCGUGUGUGUCUGUGUUGUUGUUCGGCGGCGGCGGCGGCGGUAAGAUGGCUGCCCACGGGGGCUCCGCGGCGUCUUCGGCGCUGAAGGGGUUAAUUCAACAGUUCACCACCAUCACCGGUGCAAGUGAAAGUGUAGGAAAACAUAUGCUUGAAGCGUGCAACAAUAAUCUGGAAAUGGCAGUCACUAUGUUUUUGGAUGGUGGAGGAAUCGCUGAAGAGCCCAGUACCAGUUCAGCAAGUGUCUCUACUGUCAGACCACACACAGAAGAAGAAGUUCGUGCCCCAAUUCCUCAAAAGCAGGAAAUACUGGUGGAACCAGAACCAUUAUUUGGUGCUCCUAAAAGACGACGGCCUGCACGUUCAAUUUUUGAUGGUUUCCGGGAUUUUCAGACUGAAACUAUUCGGCAAGAACAAGAAUUAAGAAAUGGAGGAGCUAUCGAUAAGAAAUUAACUACCCUUGCAGAUCUAUUCCGGCCACCCAUUGAUUUGAUGCAUAAAGGCAGCUUUGAAACAGCCAAAGAGUGUGGCCAGAUGCAAAAUAAGUGGCUGAUGAUAAACAUUCAAAAUGUUCAAGACUUUGCAUGUCAGUGCCUCAACCGCGAUGUGUGGAGCAACGAAGCUGUGAAGAAUAUUAUCCGGGAACAUUUCAUUUUCUGGCAGGUUUAUCAUGACAGUGAGGAAGGUCAGAGAUACAUACAGUUUUAUAAGUUAGGGGAUUUCCCCUAUGUUUCCAUAUUGGACCCACGGACAGGUCAGAAGCUAGUAGAAUGGCACCAGUUAGAUGUAUCUUCUUUCUUGGACCAAGUGACGGGAUUUCUGGGUGAACAUGGACAACUGGAUGGACUUUCUAGCAGUCCCCCCAAAAAAUGUGCCCGUUCAGAGAGCCUUAUAGAUGCAAGUGAAGACAGCCAGCUAGAAGCUGCCAUCAGAGCCUCCUUACAAGAAACACAUUUUGAUUCAACACAGACAAAACAGGAUAGCCGCUCAGAUGAAGAAUCUGAAUCUGAACUUUUUUCUGGCAGUGAGGAGUUCAUAUCCGUUUGUGGCUCUGAUGAAGAAGAAGAGGUAGAGAAUCUUGCCAAGUCCAGAAAGUCUCCCCACAAAGAUUUGGGGCAUAGAAAAGAGGAGAAUAGAAGGCCGCUGACUGAGCCACCAGUCAGAACUGAUCCUGGAACAGCCACAAACCACCAAGGAUUGCCAGCCGUGGAUUCAGAGAUACUGGAGAUGCCACCUGAAAAAGCAGAUGGAGUAGUGGAGGGGAUAGAUGUAAAUGGACCAAAAGCACAGCUGAUGUUGCGGUAUCCAGAUGGAAAAAGGGAACAGAUCACUCUUCCAGAGCAAGCUAAACUGCUAGCUUUGGUGAAGCACGUCCAGUCUAAAGGAUACCCAAAUGAACGUUUUGAACUUCUCACCAACUUUCCUCGAAGGAAAUUAUCUCAUCUGGACUAUGAUAUUACAUUGCAAGAGGCAGGCCUUUGUCCUCAAGAGACUGUCUUUGUACAGGAAAGAAAUUAACACCAUGGCUUGACCUCUCUCAGCUUACCCCUUUUUUCCCUUUUCCUGUGAGAUACCAUGUCACUAAGUAUGCAUUUUGGCUCCUAGGACCACAGAGCCAAAGUUGGGCAAGCAAGUCACCUUCCUUCUCUUAUUUCUUGGUCUCUCCUGUAAUCAGUCUCUUUCUCCCCCUUUGUUUCUUUCUCCUCUUCUGUUUUCUCUCUCCCCACUCCGUAGCCUUCCUCCUCCCCCUCCCCCCACACUUUUCUUUCUUACCUAAUCUGGUGACCAAACUGAAGUGUAAGGAUAAGACCUCUCCUAGUACUAGCAGCAGGAAUUGUGUGUUCCAGUAAGUGGUCUCUUGCACGGCACUUUUUUGGGAUCAAAUGUUAACGUUACUCCCCAGACUGUUCGGGCAAAGGAAUGGCUAGAUUCAGAGUAAGAACAACUCUCCCUUUUUUGUAAGCCCCCAUGUUUAGUAGGGAGAAGAAAUUCUCUAACAUGGGUUUGGUUUUGUUGUGUUCUUCAUGUGGAAAUAUCACUUAACAAAAUAUCCAGGCUUUUGUUUACGUGGAAAAAGCAUCCCGUGUAAUGAUUGCUCAUCAUACUUAAAAACCUUUUUCAAAGGAUUUUCAUGUUCCCAGCUAUAAGGACUAUUUCCAUGACAUGUGUUAUUGGCGGAAUGAGUGUUAAAUAUGGAGCAUAUACCGUGGGGUGACUUUCAUUGUCCUAGCCUGAGACAGUUUUCUUUAUUACUCUGUAUUGAUCCUGCUAGUCCAAGAAUGGACAUUAAGUGAACCUGUCGUGGUGACUGGGAUAGGAAGGUGCUUGCUAUUUUUGCCAGCACAGCAUAUUAGUUCCUUUGGAGCCCUCCAUUGUCUGAGUCUGCAGUGAUCUGUAGGAAGGCAGCUGGUCAAUAAUCAUGUAGUACAAUGGCUUGGAAUUGUAACCACUAUGGUUAUUGAUUGUCCUGUGUUGUUUCAGGCAUACUUAGGUAUGUCCCUGGGGAAAAAGAAAACCAUUCAGCUGAGAGUUGCUAACCAUGUUCUUUUGGUUAGAAAUAAUGGUUCAUUUUUUGCCCCUGGUUGGAAUAGUCUCUAAAAGGCUCUGGUGACUGAAUUGAACACGAGUCCGCAUGCUGUUUUCUUUCAAAAGGUAUCAAAACGGAAAGCCUCUCUAAGGGGAAGACCUUUAAACUCCAUUCAGAAGACAACAUUUAGUAAGGAGGAUGGCGGAGGUUACUAGUAAUUUUCAGAUGUCGUGGGUUUUUUCUGCCAACAAAACCCAAAAUCAAAUUAGAGUUGGUGAAAGCUUUCUUCAGUAUUUUUAGAAGAGGCCAUCUUGAAUCUGUAGAGUACCAUUUACACAUCAACUUCACCCUACGCUCAUUUCGUAUUUUGAGCUUAAAUGGAGUCCUCUGAAGGGGUAGUUGUGAUUCUGGUGGCAAAACUAGAACUUUUAACUUGUAAAAUGAAAAAUAUUAAAUGGACCUUUUUGUCAGUUGAGGAUUUAGAUUGAUUCUUUUAUCUGAGGAACGUAUGUUCCUCAGAUGUUGCGUAGAGACCUUUAGAUUUUCAUCUACUUUAAGAUCGCUCUCUUGGCAAUUAGGAGAUUUGGGAAAAGAAGAAAAAAAGAUGCUAUGUGUUGCUAGUACACAGUUAUAGGAUAUGGUUUCUAAUGGUUGAAUUUUGAGGAACUCUCCCUAAAGAAUGAGUUGUGUAUCUCCUCAAGGAAAUCAUGGAAAAUUCUGUUUAUUCUUCAGUGAGUCCUUUUGAAUUAAUGUUCUUACAUUUUUCUCUAAGUCUGUGUAAGUGCUUAUGUAUAAGUAUAUAAUUGUAUAAAUAUUUAUAAAUAUAUUUAUAUAAUUACGGUUUCAUUUCUACCUUGAGUGAAAGUUCUCUCUUUAGAUUGGUGACUGAGUAAUACUUACACUUUGGUGUUUUUCUUAGGCUCUUGAGGCUUAACUAGCAGCUUCUGAUUUGAGUGAAAGAUGGUUUUCAUGUUAAUUCCUCAGUUGUAUCUCUGAACUUGGAUAACAUACUUGCCAUUUGAAGAAUGGAGCUGUAUACUAUCAAAGGUGCACUGGAGGGUAAAACAUUUGUUGGUAGUAGACAAGGUCAGAAAUCCAAAAAUUCAGGGAGGGCACAGGGUAAGAAGAGGUUUGCUCAGCUUUGUGCUCCGAUGGCACCCAUCUGUACUCCAGCAAAGUCAUAGCUGAAGCCCAAAUCGCUCAAACAUGUGAAGUCAACCAUUUUUCCUAUAGGGCUCUGUUUCAUUCUCUUUACCUUUAGCUUCUCUUGAUAAAACAGUUGGGAGAACUGCCAAUAUGUUCAUCAGUGAGAGGGUGCAGUUCUUUCCGAUAUGUUCAGCACGUGCAUAUUCAUUUAUGAGAAACCAAAGUAACUUCUUCAACUUGGGUUACUGUGGGAUGAUUAAGUAGAUAUAAAGUGAUUUAAAAGACAGCAUGGUACUUUCACCCAGCUUAACAUGCAGCUGGGAUGUCUACAAUACAAGAUGUGGUGGGUUUUAUUUUAUUUUAUUUUGAGGCAGGAGUGUAAUUAUCGUAGGGUUGAUAUAGAAGCCCAUGGGAAGAGUUAUAGAUUGUACAUGAGAAGAGUCCAUAAGGAGUAUUGCCUUGCUCAAGAAUUUAAUCCACUGACACUAUGCUUCUUCCAGUUUGCCUGACUUCCUUUGCAAGUUUCUUUGCUCCUUAGGGCAUAGGUUUUAUUGAAUAGAUUAAAUGAGGUCAGUAAGGUUAGUUAAAAAUAGUCAUUCCUUGUGGGUGUUGGACACAGCUUGAAAGGAGUGUUAAAAAAAAAAAGCUAGGGAGGAAAAGAACAAGAAAGAUAGACUUCGAGAGUGGUAAGAGAAAAAUACAGGAAGAUGGAAUGGAAACUACCGGGAAGGCCGGGCACAGUGGCUCACACCUGUAAUCCCAAUACUUUGGGAGGCCGAGGUGGGCAGAUCACCUGAGGUCAGGAGAUCGAGACCAGCCUGAGCAACAUGGUGAAACCCCGUCUCUACUAAAAAUACAAAAAUUACCUGGGUGUGGUGGCGUGCACCUGUAGUCCCAGCUACUCAGAGGCUGAGGCAGGGGAAUGGCUUGAACCUGGGAGGCAGAGGUUGCAGUGAGCCGAGAUCGCGCCAUUACACUCCAGCCUGGGCAACAAAGCGACACUCCAUCUCAAAUUAAAAAAAAAAAAAAAAGAAAACUAGUGGGAAAAAAGUGAGAGGAAUACUUUUUGGAAAUUGGUAUCGGAAGGAACUGGAGAAGAGAAAGAACAGGAAACUUAAUACUAACUGGCACGCGCCAGGUACUUUUGUGUACAUUUUCCUCUUCGGUCUCCCUAAGAGUCGUACAAAAUGUGUAUUUUCUUCCCAUGUUAAGAAGACAGGUAUAGAGAACUUAUUCAGGAUGUCAUAGCUAGUGAGUGGCAAAUCAGAAUUGGAAUCCAGAGUCCAUGCUGUGUUCUCCUUCAGCAAGAGAAUCAAGCUACCCAGAUGAUUCUCUUCUUGUUGUUUGGCUUUGUAAAGUGUCACUUAGUUUUGUUCCCAUAAAUAUAGAGGAAGUAGUUGGGUUAAAGUUGUGGGAUUUGCACUAUGCCUAUAAAUUUUUACUUAUGCCAUUAUUUUGAGAUUAUUGCUUUUUUAAAAUGAUGCACUGGUGAAGAUAUGAAAGUAAAAUUGCCAUGUGGCAUUAUUUGCCAAGAAUAAAUGAAAAGGGUAAAAAAACAAUUUUUUUCUUUUUUUAAACAUUUUUCAGAAAAGAUACAAUUAUCUUUUUUAAUAGGCGAGCGCCACCACGCCCGGCUAAUUUUUGUAUUUUUAGUGGAGACAGGGUUUCACCAUGUUAGCCAGGAUGGUCUCGAUCUCUUGAUCUCGUGUUCCGCCUGCCUCGGCCUCCUAAAGUGCUGGGAUUACAGGUGUGAGCCACCGCGCCCGAUCUACAAUUCUGUUUUCUGUGUCCUGUCCAUACCAGAUUAUUGAACCCUCUGUGUGUAUGUUUUUAAAUCUUGUAUAUAAUUCCACUUCCUUGACUAGCUAUUGAGUUCUUUAUAGGAGUUGGAAAUAUGUUGAAAUCUGAGAUCUAAUUCCGGGCGAGGUAUGGUGGCUCAUGCCUGUAAUCCCAAUAUUUUGGGAGGCCGAGGUGGGUGGAUCACCUGAGGUUGGGAGUUCGAGAUCAGCCUGGCCAACAUGGUGAAACCCUGUCUCUACUAAAAAAAUACAAACAGUAGCCAGGCGUGGUGGCUCAUGUCUGUAAUCCCAGCUGCUGGGGAGGCUGAGGCACAAGAAUCUCUUGAACCUGGGAGGCGGAGGUUGCAGUGAGCCGAGAUCACACCACUGCACUCCAUCCUGGGCAAUGGAGCGAGACUCUGUCUCAAAAAAUAAUAAAUAAGAUAUGAUUCCUGCCUGUUUUAUCCAGUUAGACACACUACACAUGAAAUAAUUGGAGAGCAUAUAAAUGUUUACCUAUUAGAUCAAGCUUAGAAAAAGGGAAGAAUAUGUUUUAGUUAGCAAAGUCUUAAACAAGACUGAAAAGUGGCAGGCACUGUAGCUCACAUUUUCUUUUGACUCAUCUUUUUCUUUAGCUCCACCUUUUGUAACUUCUAGAUUUGGGGCAUGAAGUUCUGCCCGUAAGGCAUAACCAGUACCCAAGUAUGAAAGGAUUAUUGAUCCCCGGAGUAAAGAUUCCUAGCUCGCGGGGAUCUCACUGUUGAUCCCCCGGAGUAAAGAUUCCUAGCUCACAGGAAUCUCACUUGCACACUUAGGGAAAAUACCAGAGGGAGCCACUAGCAACUGAAAAAUGAAGGAAAGAUUUCUCUACCCAGGUACAAAUCUAAUGCAUAGUAUAGUAUCUAUUAUAUGCAGAAAGGGCACUGGAGGUGUAAGUGUCUCUACCCAGGUACAAAUCCAGUGCAUAGUAUAGUAUAUGUUAUAUGCAGAAAGGGCACUGGAGGUGUGAGAGCCCUUUGGGUAACCGCUCUGCUAGUUGUUACCGCCACACUUCUCUUUCUUCUUAAUCUCUGGUUUCUCAUCUGAAAAAUGAGAUAAUUGGACUAGAUUAAUAGUUCUCAGCCUUUUCUAGAACAACAAAUUAGAUUAUCUCUGAAGUCCUUUUCCACUCCAAAAUUUUAUGCUUCCAGUCUCUCCCCUUUAUUGCAUAUUAUCCCUAGGCUAAUUAAAAGUGUGCUGGUUAAUCAGUUUCUUUUCUUUUUUUUUCUGUGUUCAGGUAUCAUUUGACCAAUAACUUGCUCUUAAUCUUACUGUGAUGACUGAAAUCUCCAAAGAGGAGAGUAUAAUAGUUAUAGGUCUAGUAAUAAUAAUCUUUUAAACCAUUAUUUUUUAAAACUUAAUACUGUGUGCCUAAUCAGUGCUGAGUAUGACUCAAAUGUAAAUGAGAACCAAAUAUGACACUAAUGCUGGCACUAAAUUUUAUUUUUACUUGUGUACUUAAAGUAUUUUACUGGCCUGUUGGGAAAUUGAUUUGUAUAAGUUGUAAGAUUCACACCUGGUUUUGGCAGAAACAACUUUUUAAAGAUACAAUUAGGCUGACUUUUAAAAAUGUUUUUUAUCCCACAGAAUGUAUCUUUAUUAUGUCAUUCUUACCAUCUCUCUGCCUUUUUUGACCAUCAUGUAACUACUCAGUAGUAAAUCAUGGGGUGCAGGCUGAUGAAUUAGUAGUCUUUGUAAAACUAAAAUGUAAUGAGCAUAGGAAGAAGCAGCUCUUCUGGUGAACAUGGCAGUUUUCCAGUAAUACCAGCCUUGAUGAAUAGGCUAAAGACAGCUGUGUACUAUGGACAUUCAACUUCACUGGAUUGCCUGGCUUAGCGUUUCAGUUAUUGUCUUGCCGUGAAACAUGGUGUUGCACUGUACACAUUUUAGAAUAGUGGCAAGAAUGUUCUUUAGAACUGCAGAUAACCCAACAGAGAAUACCAUACCAAUAUAUCAGUUUCUCCUGUUACAUAGAGAUUUGGUAUUUCAGUGUUGGUUAUUAUGGUUUUUGACUCACCUAUGUGUCAGUCCUGCUAGAGAGACAGUAUAGAAUGAAUAAUUUCUUGAUGUCUUUUUAAAAAUAGAGAUUAUGAUGGCCUUGCUAGUUUUCCUGUGAAGUGAACUUACAUGGCUGGAUUAUUGAAUGUGACAGACCCUUAAUUAGAAAAUCUUUUAAUCCUGCUUUCUAUUUUACUUCUCCACCAUUUAUUUUUAACAUUCAUUCUCUGAAAAUAGUUAUGAUUUUUAAUGUAAUUGGCUAUGUUUAAGAAAUUCCAUUUCAAAGUCUUAAUACGUAACAAUCUUCAUUUUUUAUAAAAUUGAAGGACAUUUUUAAGGCAAACUUACUUUUAUAGCUCUUUUUCUCUCUAGUUAAGGAGAAUUCUCUGGUUUCAAAUAGAGAAUGGCUAGCUCUGUGAUACCGCACCCUCUUUGUGGCCUACCAGUUGCUGUUGUGUUGCUUAAAAUUGCAGAUAUUCUCAUAAACAUGAUGAUUCUUGGCACAGGCCUUUCUUUGCCAUAUUGAUUUCAAAAUAAAGUUGGGCAGUCCAAUUUGAACUACUUUAAUAAACAUAAUUUAGCAUUUCUGUAAUGAGAAAGUAUUUUCAAAAGAUAACCAGAUUGACUUCUAGGAUUAGAGAUGGCAAAUACCAAUGGUAAUAUUUUUCCCAAGAGCAAUCACGUAUUAAUCUAUAAAUAUGAGAAGUCGCAUUAUUGUACUUAAUUCUUUGGCAACAAACAGCAAGUUUUUAUUGUUUAAUUGUAUUUCCUCUCUAGAGAUCACAGUACUCUGGGUAUUUUAUAUCCCUUCUAAAGGUCAUUUGGGUUUCCAAAUGGGAAGAAUAGUCAAGCUAAGCUGGACUAAACCUAAGUAAUAUUUUAUCUCAUCAGAAGUAGUUAUUAAUCUAACUGGGUUAGCAUGAGUCAUUCAUUUUUUAGACAUGAUAAGUGGGAAACAUUUCAAAUCAUCAGAUAAAUUCUGACCUGGAAUUGAAUUCUCCCUUUCUUAAAAUCUUUUUAAUUUCCUUUUCUCAUAGACUCAGUAUGGAACUCUUUACUGAUAAGAGAGAGAUUCUUGAUCUGGAACUAUUCCCUGCCAUUCUGCUUUUUUCUCUCUAUCAGGUUAGCUGGUUCCAUAGUGCCUGUCACCAGGGUCCAUUUCAGGUUGAUGACAUUAGACCGUUUACACUCAGUUGGAUACCUUGCUGUUUGCAGCAACAUGAUUUUACAGUAUGCUUUUCUCAAAGCUUUGCAUUCUUAAUGGAGAUAUCAAAUGGUGUAAUUCCAAAUAUAAAUAUGUUUAUGACACUAAUCAUUGCUUUUAACAAUAACUUUUUGAUAACUUAUUGCCCUGUAAGUUAAACCUUACACAGAGUGACUGUUGCCAUCAGAAAAUCCCCUUUCACCUGCUAGUGAGAGUGAAAGUAGUACGUGGCCUCCACUUUUCAGUUAACGAGUAGCAAGCUUCUAGUAGGGGCUGCUUAUCUGACCCAUUUGGGGUCUUGGGCCUUGUUACUUUCCUGGGUUUGUCCCUUCAGCUGGAAAGCUGUUGAAAACACUUGCCAGGGAACAGUAAAGCUGUGAGAGAAUCUUCUAGUCUUAGAUAUAGAGAAAUCAGUACCAGUUGAUGCUAACACGAUACUUAGACUUUGAGGGGCUUCCAUCCAAGCUUUGGCAUGAAUCUGUUAGACACAGUUUUCUUUACUCCUCUGAUAAUCUUUUUUUCCAGAAUGGUUUUUUGUUGUUGUUGUUGUUAACAAAUUCUAAACAUCCAGUGUUAUUUUGUUUUGUUUGCCCUUCAGGAAAGUCCUUUUUCGAGUAGGUAUUGGUUGUUCCAUGGAAACUCCCAGCAGUGUCUGUGUGGGCUCUGUGCAUGCUUUGUAUGAGUUCAGUUUGAACGAUGCAUUUGAAAUCACCUGGGAUGUCCAAUUCUGGCAUGUUCAUUGAUUGUGUUUUUAAACAUGUUUCAUGUCAUUUUCCAAACCUCACUUUACAUCUUACUCAGAGAAGUUAAUCAAGGAAUGAAAUUUCUAGGGGGAUAGGGAUGAUGAGGGUGGGUUGGGGGCUUGAGUGAAGUCAACUCGGGGUAUUUGCUUUAAAGUGUUUUCUAAAGCAGUUCCUAACAGUAUUUAGAGAUUCCCUGGGAUGUUUGUGUGCUCAGCUUAUUCUGGACAAAAUGUGUGUGGGGGUGGUCUUACUGAGAUUUGCAUUCUUAAUGCAGGACAGGCUCUAAAUUUCAUCUGUACUCUAAAUUUGUGAUUGAAUCCAAGAAGAUAACAGACAGUGCUCCUACUAUAAUGUUUCUGGCAAGUGCUCCCUAAAAUGCACAUCAAAUUCUGUUUUCUGGGCCUUUUCUCCCAUGGUGCUAGGAGAUACCGUUGAUUUCUGCAGCUCUUCUCAGUGGUGGGAAGAAGUCUUUGGGAUUGUUGAGCAAGGGGCAGCUGGACCAUCAACUAAAUUUUUUUGUUCAAGACACAUUAGAGACCCUCCUGUAUAUCUAGUUAAGUCAUAAUAAAGGUGCUUGGGAAAGCCUUAAAUUUGAAGACACAUGGAGGCGGUAGGAAAUUAAACUUCUAAGAGGAGAAAAACAUGCUAUUAGGUAAUGCAGAGCUGUAACUGCUGGCUAAGACUCAAUGGAACCUCCACUUGCUCUAAAACCAGGAAAUCUUAGAUAACUGGGUGGGAUCUACCUAUAGAUCUACAUAGUCUAUAGGUGAUAAUUUCUAGAAGGAGGAUCUUGCUGUCAGUUGGGGAUCCUCUGGUUUGGGCUGUACCAAAUUGUGAAUACUCUUGCUGUGUUGUACCCAGUUGCUUUAUAUUAAUACUGCAACUUGAAAUGGGGAGGGUGGGGGGGACAACGGGGUGGGGGAGGGAGUGGGACGAUAAGUCUUUUGAAGACAUCAGCUCACUGUGCUGAGAGAGGGACCAAACUCAAGGAAACCUCUGAUCUAUACAUUCAACUGCUGCAUUUUUUUAUAAAUACAUGUAAAUGUCCUGUUGUAAUAUUUGAUCUUGGAAAUAAAAACAAAAACUUUUCAGUA